AUGGCAGCUUCGGUGGCGCCAACACUUGGAAAGGACGAUGAACUGAUUGAAUGCUGGGAUGACGACGACGACUUGCAAUUCCACGAUGGUAUUCAGCUCCGUGCUGCCUCCAGUGCUGGCUCCGUCACUAACUCCUCUUUCCGACCUUCGGGGCAUCGCGAUUCAAUAUCGUCUCGUCUAUCUACUCGGUCGGAGAUAGACUCCAAUGCUGGUGAUGAAGAUUGGCAGGUUAUUCUUCAAGGCCACGAUGAGUUUGCCAAGGAAGAAGCUCUGGCCUCGGCCAAAGAUGCAGGGAUUCCCAUUCCAGAAAAUAUUCCGAAUUCUGCCCUCCUGGGAGGUGUGAUCAAGCGCCUAUCAUCUCGAAAGCCAAAAAGAACAUUUGUGGAUGACUGGUCCGACGAUGUGGAAUUGCCAGGUCCAGACGCAAUCUUGCAGCUUCGGACUCAGCAAGAUCUGGGCUUCCCGGAUGCGAUUCGCCAUAGCGGCUCGACACUCGCAAGUCCAGUCAAAUCAGCCGCAUCGUCCUGGGCCGACGAUAAAUCAACUCGUCAGCAGCCAGCGCUCGCAAUUCUGGAUCGAUGCAAUGAUGAAAAUUUUACCAAGAUGUACCACAACGCCUCUCCUAUCAAGACAUCAACCCACCAAGGUGUAUCGGAACCCCUUCAAAAACAAGCAAGGGGCAUUGUCCUAGAAGACAAGAUAGAUGACUUUGAUGGAGAUCUUGAACUCCCUCCGGUACACCAGCCUCUGAGACUAUCUGACCCAAAAGAUAGAACCGGAGUCCCCAGCCCUAUCUUAGAUGAAUUUGACCUGGAGUGGGCUGAAGGCAGCAUCGGCGUCCGAGUUGGAGGAACUGCUCGGGAUGGUCGAUCAAUCCCUAGCUCUACUAUAUCCAUUGCUAGUCCGAGUGCCUCAAGCUGCAUCACCGGUGGGAGUGACGACGGUCUCGACGGACUCGUCUUCCCGGACGGGCCACUUGAUUUGACCGCUACUUUCAGGAAACAGCAAGAAGCCCAUACCCAUGAGAAAACCUCUAGUGGAGUAGAAACAUUGAAGGCAUCGUCACAUGAUACGGAUGACUUCUUCACCGGGCUUGAAGUUGAUGAUGGGCGAGCCUUCGUUUCUGGGAAGCUUUCCUUGAAUCCGAACGUCAAGUGCAGAACAGAAUGGCCAGCGAGUCCGACUCGUCGGUUGGCCACUACCUUGGUCUUUACAAACAAUUCAAGCUCCUCGCCUCUUCAGAAUACUCGGAUUCCACGCUUGUCUAAUCACGAUCGAGCCCAUUCAACUCAUUCAAGCCAUCUUGAAACCGUUUCAGAGAGCGGUGCUCCUCUUUCCAAGUUUCCCAGGUCCCAGACUCGCCUUGGGCAUGCAUCUCAGUCUUCAAUCUCCAGUCUUCCUGCAGCUCGCACUACAUUUGCGUCGCUCACAUCAACCAAACCUGGUCGACAGACGCUUGGAUCACGCACUGCGAAUGCCACAGCAUCUACAGGCGAAUACCGAACUCCAUCCAGACACCUCCGUACUAAGCGAUCUCUACCUUCUAUGCAGGGAACAACCACUACUACGUCAGCCCGAAAUUUUCACCGUGUUUCACCUCCCCAGGAUGAAACAACUCAAGCUACCCUUAUUAGACCGAAAACACCUGUUGACCAGGCGGCGUCUCAUAGAAGAAUAUCUAUCCCCAAGGCGCAUACACCAUUCAUUCCGGCAGGUGCUUCUGAAAGACAAUCUCAUCAUGUUAGCGUGAAAGCCUCUCGCCCUCCUCGACGUCACCAUUCGGACAGCUCUGGAGAUUUCUUAACCCCGCAGAACAACUUCCUCCGGUCAUCACGAUCGAGUCGUUCGGAAGCCUUGCGUUUAAGCUUAGGGGAUGGUAAAUCAGAAAGCGCUAGCCCGCCCACGAAACGGACCCUAACGCGACCAACCAGGCGCCGCAACUUUGGCGAUGGAUCGGAGUUACAAUCUUUUGACGAUUUACCCACAUCUGUCUCCGCAGAGAGCAAAUACAUGAAGAAUCCCUCUGGUCGAGGAGCUCCUCGGACUAUGCGUGCCAGGCUCAGCCAGAGUGGUAUUAACAUAAAUGACAGUUCUGCGGUGCAAUCCUCUACACCACCUUCAUUUUCCAAACCGACGAACUCUUUGCCUCAUUUUGCCCGGGACACGAACGCGUCCCGGAAUGCAAGGGAACAACGUAUUGCCUCGAUGUCCUCCAAGAAUCGAGAGUUGAAUGCGCCCGGAUCGUUCAAUCCCAAUUGGAAGGCUCCUCCGGUCUCUCGCAUUUCCCCAAACGCAGGGUCAGUACGGAGCCGAAAAAGCAGAUCCGGGACCAAGCCCCCUUCCAAGCCCCAUUUAAUAAAACCCAUGGGAACUGGCGUGCAGGAAGCAAAGUCUGUGAAAGGAAUGCAAUACAACCCGACCACCUUUCGCUGGGAAGGAAAUGAAAAUCUUGUGCAGGAUUUUGACGUGUCCAUUGCACCCAAGUCUCCAAAACCCGCCCCGGCUCUCAUCACCAAUAUGGGGGUGGUGGACAAUGUCCAGACUGUCGGUGGUAUGAUUUUCGACCCGCAGCGGAUGUGUUGGCUUCGGGCCGCAUCACCCGGAUCUGGCCACAAUGGCGGUAUUGCUCCUGAGGAUGAAGAAGAUGUCUUUGCAGGCCUGGAUGAUUUGGACGACAAGCUGGCGGGUUCCCCCCAGCAAGGCCCGGGGACUUUAGAAGCUUGCGAUCCCACCGGUGCAGAUGCAGAUCCAAGCGCAGGGGAGUCUUCGGACGAGGGACCCAUGACCGAAGAGUUUGAUGUCGGACCAGAGUUCGUUCGACGGCAACGGGCAGAGGAAGAUAAAUGGCGGCGGAAAGUAAACAAGUGGGUUGGCCCUGAUCGGGGGAGCACGAAACCUACUGGCGAUGGGCGAUACGGGAUCUAA